CAGGACUUGCACCUCCCCCUCCUGCUGCUACCAUCCACCUCGCCACCUCCCUCUCUCUAAAGAUGGCGAGAAGGUGUAGUCGUAGCAAUGGUACCAACGUGACAGGCUUGGGCUUGGCCAUGGCGGCCUCAUGGCUGCUGCUGCUCGCCGGCGUCUCCGACGGCCAGCUCCAGGUGGGGUUCUACUCCCGGACCUGCCCCGGCGCCGAGUCCACGGUCGCCUCCGUCGUCCGGCAGUCCGGCUCCGCCGACCCAACCAUCCUCCCGGCGCUCCUCCGCCUCCAGUUCCACGACUGCUUCGUCCGCGGCUGCGACGGCUCCGUCCUCAUCAAGGGCGGCAGCGGCAGCGCCGAGGUCGACAACAGCAAGCACCAGGGCCUCCGCGGGCUCGAGAUCAUCGAGGGCGCCAAGACCCAGCUCGAGGCCCAGUGCCCCGGCGUCGUCUCCUGCGCCGACAUUGUCGCCCUCGCCGCCCGCGACGCCGUCGCAUUCACCGGCGGGCCGUCGUUCGACGUGCCGACGGGGCGUCGCGACGGGAAGGUGUCGAACAUCCGCGACGCCGACGCGCUCCCCGACGUGCACGACGGCAUCGACGCGCUGCGCUCCAAGUUCCGCGCCAACGGGCUCGACGAGAAGGACCUCGUCCUCCUCACGGCGGCGCACACGGUGGGCACGACGGCGUGCUUCUUCCUGCAGGACCGGCUCUACAACACCCCUCUCCCCGGCGGCGGCCGCGGCGCCGACCCCACGAUCCCGCCGGGGUUCCUGUCGGAGCUCAAGUCCCGGUGCGCGCCGGGGGACUUCAACACGCGGCUGCCGCUGGACCGCGGCAGCGGCAACGUCUUCGACACCUCCAUCCUCCGCAACAUCCGCAACGGCUUCGCCGUCAUCGGCUCCGACGCCGCGCUCUACAACGACACGGCCACCGUCGACGUCGUCGACUCCUACUCCGGCCUGCUCAGCAACUUCUUCGGGCCAUACUUCCGCCAGGACUUCGCCGACGCCAUGGUCCGCAUGGGCAGCAUCGGCGUCGUCACCGGCGGCGCCGGCGAGGUCAGGAAGGUCUGCUCCAAGUUCAACUGAUCGACCGGCCGGUGAUCCCACUCACGCACCGGUCGAUGCGCCAUUAGAUCCUUCUUCAUUCAUUGCACACAGCUGGCCCGCCCAUCCGUGGACAAGCACGGUGGGGUUUGGUUGGGUGCUUUCAUGGCGGCGUUCUUCAAUUCGUUCAUCAGUACAGUAUAUCGUGUAGAUCUCACUGGGAAAAAAAAAAGGAACUCAAGUGCUUCUGCUGUAUAUGCUCACCAAAAUGAAAAAUGCACGAGGUUCAGAAAAGCGAUUUGCUUUGCUUUAAGAUCUGUGCAGAUUUCAUUUUGAAGUGGCAUAUAUGGCUCGAAGCGGUGGCGGUGGCGAGGGAAUAUAUAUAGGGUAUAAGAUAGUUACGUUUGUUCUUGUGUUUAUAUACAAAUUAAUUAAUAUAAGUGGAUAUGUUAGUGAUUUUGUUGGAAGAUCAUUCGUCGUCGAGUGUAACUGUAGAAAGUGUUGAGUUCUUCAUUGCAAGAGGUGUCAAAUAUUGUGACGAAUUGUCCUCUGGCUUAAUUAAUUUAUGAAUUCUUUUAAGAACUGUUGUGAACUUCA